GUACGGAUUUACAUGCAAAGAAACAGCUCGAAGAAGGUACAGUGUACUGUAUACAAAUUCAUUGGCGCUGUACCCUGUUAACGCGUUGAAUGGGUCCGCCUUGAAAUGUGUUAGAUCAGCGUGGUGGUUUCAUUUGGCACAUUGCUGUUCUGAACACUAGAAGAAUCCAGUCAGCCUCUGCUGUUAACACGGUUUUGUCCAACGUCAACGGGUAGCAGUUGACGGGUUCCUUGCAUCUCUACAUGUGGAUCCCCUCCCGUGCUCCGGCCCUGGGAACAUGACCUGGGCUAUAAGCUCGGAGCCAGAGACAAAGUGAAACCUGAGCCAGAGAAGAGACACCCCUGGGCUUAGCUCCCUGACCCCAGUGAAGAGGCUGAACUGAAGAAAUCAUUCCCUUGCUGUUGUGUUUUUGAGGGGCAGUGAGUACCAGAGGUCCAGUCAGUAAUCACCACUUCAGCUUGGUUCAUUUCACCAUCUCCCUCUCUUGUGUGACUGACAGCCAUCAGACCCAGGUUAAGAUGGAUGAGCUUCAGGAUGUGCAGCUGACUGAGAUCAAGCCCCUGCUCACAGAUAAGAACAGCAGAAACUUCCAGGAUUUUGACUGUCAGGAGCAUGACAUCGAGACCCCUCAUGGCGUUCUGCAUGUGACUAUGAGAGGAACCCCCAAGGGCAGUCGACCUGUCAUCCUUACCUACCAUGACAUUGGGCUCAACCAUAAGUCCUGCUUCAACACCCUGUUCAACUUCGAGGACAUGCAGGAGAUCACGUCCCACUUUGCUGUGGUCCAUGUGGACGCCCCUGGACAGCAGGAGGGUGCUCCCCCGUUCCCCGCCGGGUAUCAGUACCCCACCAUGGAUGAGUUGUCUGAGAUGUUGCCCUCUGUCCUGACUCACCUGAAGGUGAACAGUGUGAUUGGGAUUGGAGUUGGAGCUGGAGCCUACAUCCUUUCCAGACUGGCUCUCAAUGAGCCAGCCCUGGUUGAAGGCCUGGUCCUCAUCAAUGUGGAUCCCUGUGCUAAGGGUUGGAUCGACUGGGCUGCCUCAAAGAUGUCCGGCUGGACCAGUAACCUGGUGGAUAUAGUGAUGGCUCACCAUUUCAGCGAUGAUGAGCUGUCGGACAACCAGGAGAUCACCCAAACAUACCGCCUUCACAUUGCCCAGGACAUCAACCAGGACAACCUGGCCCUGUUCUGUAAUUCCUACAACAGCCGUCGAGACUUGGAGAUCGAGAGGCCCAUCACUGGUCUCAAUGAAGACACAGUGAACACACUGAAAUGCACCUCCCUGCUGGUCGUUGGUGACACGUCCCCGGCUGUUGACGCAGUGGUUGAAUGCAACUCCAGGUUAAAUCCAACCAAAACAACCCUUCUUAAGAUGCAAGACUGUGGUGGGCUUCCUCAGGUCAUCCAGCCGGGUAAACUUGCAGAGGCUUUCAAGUACUUUGUCCAAGGAAUGGGUUACAUGACUCUUAACAAUGGGAAAACUUCCCCCACAACAGAAAAUCAAUGUGCCCACAGCCAGUAUGACCCGGCUGGCACGCUCUCGUACCCACUCUGCCUCCAGCAUGGGGUCUGUGGAGGGCGCCCGCAGCCGUUCCCACACACAGCUAGAGGGUGCCACUGCCGCCGGCCCAGCUGUGGAGCAGGCCAGGCCACAGACCAUGGAGGUGUCCUGCUAAAGCAACCUGCCCGGGAAAACCAACCUUCUUUCCUGUCUUUGUCUCUCUCGCUUUCUCCCCGUUUUUCCUUUCCCAGGCUGAAGGACAGAGACCAUUUGAGUCCCAAGGGUUAUCUGAUUAAGUUCAGAAAACGUAUUUAUUAAGCCAGAAGCAGUCCUUUGCUGUGUUCUUAUUGUUGUGUAUUGAUCAGGUUUGUCUGUGCGUGACAGCCGUGGAAUGGCAACCUGGAAGUCAGUUAGCCAACAGGAGAUGGUCUGGUUUUACCCUCUGCUGCUCUUCCCCAUUAAAGGAGGGAUAGGUGGUUUCUUUGUUGUUAUUUUUGAGAUAUGAGCUAUAUUUGUAUUUCUGACUACUAUUUUGGUCAGUGUGUCUGUUUUAAAUAGGAGAGAUGGAAAAGCAUCAAGAGUUUUCUCUUGUAAAGUUCUCUAUAAGGAGUAAAGCUUCCCAUCUCCCCUGGUCUUCCUCACCUUAUGUUCAAAACAGACCAAAUCACAACAGCCCUGGAUCCCACUACUUAAUGGUCCAUUCUAAAUCACUGUCUCAUGUAGACUCACUUGCACACCUUUCCUACUACAUACAAAAUCUUUGUUUUUUUUUAUUAUUAUGUUGUGAUUUGUGAAGAAUAACUUUGCGUUCCUGGAUUGUAAAAUGAUGUGAUGAACUUGCUCUUAUUCUGUACCUUUCUAACAACGAUGGUGGCAUGACCCUCUAGUAGAUGAAACUUAAUGGACGUGUCUGUAGAACCGCUUCUGUCUAGAUGUAUCUACAAAUAGUUACUUUUUUGUUCUUUGUUAUUUUUCAAACAAGUUAUUGGAAAUGGCUAGUUUUUUAUACUCACUCUCAUUGCUACUGACAGGCAGAGAGAAUAACCCAAAUACUGUAGUGUACUUACAUUGUAAAGCAACUCCUUGGUUAUGUUUUAAGUCACAUUACAUUAUCUAGCACAGAGCUCAGUUGAGGUACAGAGAACAUUACUGACUCUUAAAUUCUUGCAUAACUCCACAAAUAUAUACAUUAAAAUGUUCUACUAACUCCAAGCAUAUCCUGUUUUCCCUUAGUAAAUAACACCACAAAAAAUGGAACAGGUCAGACAUUUGAGAGACAGGAAAAUGUAAUGAACAUUUAGAUUUCUGUAUUGUUCAUGUUGUUAGCUUGUGGUGAUGCAUUGUGCUCUGUCGCCAUGCUGUGACGGUGUGGUGUAAGUCAUUCCGUGCUGACUAUAACAAUUUGUACUGAUAAUGAAAUAAAGCUUGAAGUAACUACA